AUGUCCGGACGAAGUGAAAGUCGAUCCGAAACUCCUAGUGAGAAGGCGCCAGAAAAACCACAAGAAACGGAGAAAAUGACUCUUCCAGAGGAGAGUAGUGCUCCACCUACUUCUGGAACUCAAGCUGCACCAGAAGCAGCGAAAAAGGAAACUCCGAUAGAACCCUCGCUGGCUCCAAAGAUUCCAGCUCUGCAACCGGGCUGGCCUGAAGGUCCCGUGUCUACGCCUAGCAACCCUAAUUGGUCGUCACAACCGACAACGCAGCAGAACCCAGCGACGUCACAGUCAGUAGGUCCCAAUUGGGACGUCCACGUUGAUCAGUCAAAAGCGUGGGAUAGCGAUGACAAAGGCAAGGCGCCGCCAGCCGCGCCGGGACAGAACCCAUGGCCGACUACGUCCGCUUCGCCGGGAACUGACGUCUGGAACCCGUCCCGUCCGAAUAAUUCAGCACAAUGGGGGCCACCUCCGCAAGCAACGCAGCAGCAUCCGCAACAAUCUCUUCCAACCUCAUGGCCACAGCAUCCAUCGAGUCAGCCGACGAACUCGACGCCAACGCAAUCAUUGCCCUCCAGUAUGCCCUCAACGAUCGGUAAUACCAGCCAAAUACCGCCGAAUCCAGCAAAUCCUAACUGGGGUCCGCCAUCGCAGCACCCAUCUCAGCAGAAAAGCCAGCAGCCGGCGCAGAAUCCGUCCGGAAGCUCUGCUCAAAACUGGGGACCAGGCCCUUCGACACCCAGUCAAACAGGCGAGAACAGAUCCGGCCCAUGGGGCCCUGGAUCUAGCGGGGAUGCUCCAGCGACAUCAGUGCCUCAGAGCGCUGCUCCUCCAAGCUGGAACACUCCUGGAAGCACACCCAGUACAUCGCAGCCACAAACGCCUAAUUGGGGUGCUCAGGGAGAACCCAGAGGUUCUUCAUCCAGUUGGGGAACGACAGGAAUCGACGGAAUCGGUCUCAGUUCUUUUGGAGACUCCCGUCAACUCAAAUUACCAGACAUUUCGCAUCUCUCCGAAGAGCAGCAAAAGCUUAUCAACAACAACGAGGGCUGGGGUAAACGGCCAAUUUCUCAGAGCACUAAAUGGGAAAUCUCAGAAUCAAGCCAGCAUGAUUCUAGACCGAGAUUACCAUCGCAGGCGACUGGAACUGAACUGUGGGAUCCGAAAGGCCCUGUGCAUAUGAACCAACGUGAACAACCGAGCGGUCGAAAUCCAAUGUGGCCACACGCACCUUCUGGUCCAGGCGAGCCAAGAGAAAGUUCCUGGCCCAGUAGCCACAAUCAUCCUGGCAGCGGCAUGAGAUACCCUAGCGACCACUGGCCUCGCGAUCCGGUCGCCCAUCAGCCCGUUCAACGGCCUCCAUGGCCGUCGCAAAAUCCAUAUGACUCGGACUGGCCACAGAACAGAUCACAGCAUAACAAUGAUCCAAGCCCCUGGGAUCCCCCACCAAGGCCGUCUUAUCCCAAUCCUGGAGGUCGCGGCGGAUACGGUGGUGGCCGCGACUGGCAGCAUCAUGACAAGAGACCGAACGAAAACAUCAGUGGCUGGCCAGGCGAUUCGAGGAGGCCGAACCCCGGAAUGCCGAACUAUAUAAAUAUCUCUAAUGCGUUGAAAUACAACCUGUUACCUGGGAAUAUUCGCUCACAGAUGCAAAUGUGCAGCAAAGAUACGCUCGAACAGCUCGACAGACUUUGCCAGAUGCUCCUCUCAGAAUGGGGCAAGCGAGAGUCACUUGCUAGCAACAUGAAUCAAACUAAUUUCACCUCGUAUCAACAACGACAGCAAAUUGAGCAAAUGAUUAACCAUCAUUCAAGCAAUGAACAGAAACACAGAAGCGAUAUUAUGUCACUAUUGAAUCCCGGUUUUGGCGGUGGUCACCGUGGUGGCCAUCCUGGAAGCAGGCCGUUCCCUCAUAUGCCAGACCCCGCUUCUAGCUUCCCACAGGAACCUAUUUGGGGAUUACCGAAAGAGACACCAAAGCCUCAUGAUCUUGACCCUGAUAUGCCGCCAAUUGGUGGUCUCAAUUUGAACACUCCAAAACAGAGCGACGUAGUGAUACCACCCGCGUUCGUUCCUGGACAGAGAUGGGAAGGUGCCAAACCUCAGAUGGAGCUCGAAAGAAAUAAACCAAUCGGAGAGUAUCAGCAGAGCAUUCCCGCCAUCUUCAAGAAUACUCCCAGCAGGGAAAGCAAAUGGUCCGAUUCUGCGACUUCGGACAGUCCAAGCUGGGGCAACUCGAACAUGCGCGAGAUUUGGAGAGGUGGACCGCGGGGUGGAAGCGGCGGCCACUGGGCUAAUCAUCCUGACAGUAAUCAGACUUGGGGACCGCAUGAGUAA